GAUACUGACUGCUGAUGAGACACUGAAAGUUACGCUUGUGUUGAACCAAUGCUGCUGAAAUGAUGCACUCCCGGACGGCCGUGCGUUGAAUGGGAUGAGUCUUAAAUAGUGUGUGCAUCUUCUUGAUUCUUUAGGUAAAGUCACGUAGAAGGGAAAUAAUAAAAUAAUAAAAAUAACACAUCACAAAAUAAAAUUCUCACGACGUUUCGGCCACAACACAAGCAGCCGUCAUAAAUUGCAUCGCGUUCGUUUUUUUUAAUAUAUAAAAAUCAUCAGUGAGGGUAUCGAUAAAUUCCGUCCAGAAUGGCAAUGACCUGGCCAACCACCCCCACGCCUUGCUCUUAAGAGUCAGGUGUUGCCCGACCCCGUCGAUGCAACCGGUAAUGCCGUCCAGAAUGUUGCAAUGUAAUGAUGUUGAAUGGAGGAUGCGGUAUUUUAAAUAAAUUUAUUUUUAUUUAAAAAUAAAUCAAAAUACCGCAUCCCUUAUCGGCUGUUUCCGUGAUAACCAACACGCAUACGGUGGCCGCAAGGUCAUGACCACCAAACGCGUUUUGUAAUGCACGUGGACCCUUCCUACACAACAGCGCAAUCAUUACAAUAAUAAUUAUUAGAUAUUAACAAUCGAUUUGUUGGUGUUGCUGACGACUGCUAUCCGCUUGCACAACAUACCGUCUGCGUUUAGAACUCUGGAGUGCGCGCGUUUAUUUAUUUUUAUUCUCUGAAGGAACGUCACCACUUGCUGAGGGCAGUUCUGUUAGUCCGACCCUGGGCUCGGCUUUAAGUUGUUAAUGGUUCGAUUAAAACGACGUUUUAAAGUCACCGCGGACGACGCGACGCUUUGUUGAGCGAGAUAUUUGGUGUUCGAACGGGCACGGGCCGAACGAGACACGACACUUUGAGCGUUCGACUCGAAGCAAAAUAAAAAAUAAAGAAAUCUCUCGCGGAAAGUCAUCGCCGAGGCCUGGAGUGAAGCCUGCGGGCCAAGGCCUCUACCGUGCCCCUCUCUGUCGGCCGUCUCCACCCGCGACCGCACCCUCACAGUGGGGGUGCCGGCGGUGGCACCAGCAUGGCCUCUGUGGCCCAACGCAGACGCAGCAGCAGCAGCGUGGACCCGCAUGGGGACUUCCCGGCGUGGCUCGCCUCCCGCGGCAUGAAGCUCACGUUCGCCGAGGCCAUGGAGCGCGAGCUGGGGAUCAGCGACUACGGGGAGCUGCUGGCGUGCGCGCUGGCACCGCAGGUCCGCGUCGAGCUGUUCGCCGCCGCCAAAGAGCGCCUGCCCUUCGCCUUCUACGCCGUGCUGCGCCGCAUCGCAGAUUCGCUGGUCCACGAGGAGGGGGGCACCGGGGACGGUGGAUCGGUGGCGCUGGGCGGGCUGGUGGAGACGAUCGUGGCGAUGCUGAGCGCGCUGAGCGACGCACUGCAUCAUGCCGCACAGAGGUUCAUCUCGCUGGAGCCUGGGAUGGCGGCUGGGGAGGAGCUGUCCCAAUCCGAGAGUGUAAAGAGUGAGAUCACGGUGGCGGCGGCGGCGGCAGCAACGGGGGAGUCCAGCAGUCCCCUACACCCGGGGGAGGAUUGCGGGGUCCUCGAGGAUUCUGUGUCGGAGCACCUCGGCUGCGCCCCACGGAACAGCGCACAUUGGGACGUAGUGAAGAGCGAAACCGAUGGCCAGCAGCAGCAGGAGGACAUCUCCGCCAUGGAAGACCAGGAGCCGCCGAGUGAAAAUGAGCCAUGGAGCAGGCUCAGCGAGGGGGGCUUCUCUCCCCGUACUGCUGUGGCCGGCGCCUGGAGGCCACAACCGGACGCCGGCCCCUGCGUCGAAGACGGCUUCCCGCUGGCGCCCAGGCCUGACGGGGCCCUGCUGGGGCCGCCGCUCGCCUACGACGGCGCCAACUGGCGUGACGACAGCCGGUGGCCAUACACGGACUCUUCUGCCGACCGCACAUUCCUCUACGACGGCGGCGGCGGCGGCGGCGGCCUCAACCCGCCCUCCAUGGUCUUCCGCUACCGCUUCCUGUGGCGGCAGCAGCAGCAGCAGCGGCGGCGGCAGCAGCAGCAGCUGCAGCAGCAGCUGCAGCAGGCGCAGCAGGCGGGGGUGGAUGGCGCGGAGAGGCCGUACGUGUGCGAGGACUGCGGCAAGGGCUUCGGUUCGCCGGCUCACCUGCGCCAGCACCGCGGCACGCACACCGGAGAGAAGCGCUACGCCUGCGCCGAGUGCGGCAAGGCUUUCGUGCACCACGCCAGCCUGUACCGGCACCGGCGUGGGCACGCCGGCGCAAAGCGCUACCGCUGCGGCCGCUGCGCCAAGGAGUUCCGCUGCGAGGAGAGCCUGCAGCAGCACCUGUUGCUACACACGUAGCUAUGUGCGAGACUUCAGGGCGUCAGCCAACAGACGGUGCCUGUGGGGGAACACAGAGCCUCGAGCACUGAGAAACAGUCGGGAGAGGAAUCGGGAGGCAUCCGAGAUUUAACUUAUUAUCUGUGGUCAGAUUCACGAGCAACAAGUCUUGUUGAGCUUCUUGAGCGAGUUUAGUUAUUUUAAAGAUUCACUUUUGGUUGCUCAAUUUUAGUUUUUUUUUGCUUGCGAUGCAGUAGACAUAUGAUUCGUAGAUCCAAAUUGGUUCGAUGGAAUAGUGCACAGUUGUACGGUUCCACGUAUCAAAAAUAAGUUUCCGCUGACAAUAAGGGAAAAAAGGUCAUUAUUUCUGAUCACGUUCACGUUUUUCCACAAUAUCAGUGGAAAGGUGCACAACUGGUAUGAAAUUUCACCCAACUGAUACUGCUUAACCGGGUUGAUGCCAUGCGUUCGUACAGGAGCAAAGAAGCUUGCUUCAAUGCACUCGGUGAGAAUACUCGAGUCCUCAACCAUAUUGCCAGACCGACCGGUGGCUCGUAAUAUUUGGACCUCAGUCCACGUUUCUGUGUUGACCAUGCACGUGGAGGCGCACACCUCUCG